AUCCUCCCGUCUGGUCACUCCUUCUGCCGCCCGUCAUCACAAGAAGCCGUCGCCGCCGCCACUGUCGUCGUGUUCCUUCGUCGCAUUUCGCCCAUCCAGAGACCCGAGAUGUCCUAUGCCUCCGUCGCCGUGAUGGCACUGAUGUGCUCAUCUGUGGCGAUUGCGUUUGUCCUGCAGCCUUCCAAGCCAGACGAUGCCUUGCCACAAGACUCCAACAGCAGGUGCCAUGGUGAGUCCCUGCAGUCCAUCCGAAAGGGACUCCUGGCUGCCCUCAAUCUGCAGACCGAACCACGGCUGCCAAAGGGCGGCAGGAAGCAGCGGAGCGGAACUGAAGAGCGGCUCAAAGCUGUUGAAGUUUUUUCUAGCUCCUCUGAUGGCCAGGACACCACAGGAUGCUGUAACGAGACCUUAGAGAUUUUCAUGACAGAUCUGGGCUGGGACAAUUGGAUGAUCUAUCCCGAGCGUGUUACCUUGGUGCACUGCGCCCCCUGCGGCCAUAGCGCGUCGUGCAGAGCCCAGACCAAUGCCCCCCAACGUGAUGACUUGCAGGUCCAGGAGCCAUGUUGCCAGCCCACCGCCCAGGAAGCGGUGCCAGUCAUGUACAGGGAUGAGUGGAACACGGUGGUCAUCACUUCCAUGCACCUGACCCGCCGCUGUGGCUGCGCAGCCGCAAUGCAGCCUCCCCAAGAGUAACGUGUCACCUACGGUGCACCACAGUUCCUAAACUCGACAAUAACUUCAUGUACUGCUAUAAUAUCGCACUGUAAGAAAAAGCCCUUUGCCAGGAAAUUCAAGACUUAUUAGGUUUAAGGCCUCAUUCAGUAAAGAGAAAAAUAUGAUUUUCAAUUUUGUAAUAUGACAUAAUAAAUUAUAAAGAAGAAUGAAGGCAUUUCAUUUAUUGAAAUUGAAGACAUUUCCAGAGCCUUUUAAGAUCACUUUCAUCAAAUGUAAGACUUUUUUCACGAAGGAAAAACACUAAGAGAGGGCACUAUAUAUUUUUUUAAAAUGACAAUCAUAUUUUUACAUUUACAGAUACUUUUUAAGUAUGACCUCAAUGUAUUAAUAACAAUUCAUGCCUUUAAAAAAUCUUGACAAAUGACAAAUUAGAUCAAAUGUAAGACCUUUGUAUGACUAGACUAGGGUCCCUCUCCGCAGAUUCCUAGUCGCCCCCUACUGGAGACAUGUAUACUUUGUUUUUGCGUUUCGGGUGAAAAGACAAACAAAAGGUUGGAGAUACGAGUGUCCACGCUUCUUAAUGAUCAGCGACCAUAUAACCGACAAUUGGUUCUUUUUCUCUUUACAUUACUGAGUGCUGAGCUAAGUUGUUUGUUUUUUGUCAUUGGUUUUAAUUACUGUAUCUGCUAACUUUUUACAGGGUUUACCUCACACGAGUAUUUUUCUAUGAUUCGUCGUAAUGAUUUUUUACAUAUACACACCGAUACACGUCUAUGUGUUCGUAGCAUCUCAAUUUAACCUUCACGUAUGCUGGUGAGACGUGUCUUACUGUAUUCAUUAUUCACUGCUGCCAUUUCUUGUUGAAUAAAGGUUAUUGCCAUCA